AGCAUACUUGUUUUCUUUAUGCGUUUGCAACAAGACUACCGUUACCUGUCUUAAGCCAAACGUACUUUGUCGUUCAUCCUCCGGGCUCCCUGCUGGUCGAUUUUCAUCAGUUUGAAUCAUUAAACAUAUUUAUGCGGUGCUCACAUUUUCGUGCAGUUGUGGUACUGCGCUGUUCUCUGAUGGAUACGCCAACGGUAUUAUAGGAACCGUGAACACUAGUGAGUCAACUGCUAAGUACUCCUCUUUCCAUCAAUCAUCCCUCCCGCUCAGUACUCAGGCGUGCUUACGGCGCGGACGAAGUCAACGCUCACAACUUCAGUACUGUGUUGACCAGUCUCGCUUUUGCCGGAACGAUACUCGGAAUGCUGACGUUCGGAUAUCUGUCCGACAAGCUGGGCCGCAAGUUUGGUAUGAUGUCCGCAACGGGAAUUGUCGCUGUUUUCUCUGGUCUUGCUGCUGCGUCUAGCGGAGCACAUCAUAGCUUGCAAGGGAUGCUCAAUAUGUUGAGUGCAUGUCGCUUUUUGCUUGGCAUUGGAAUUGGUGCAGAAUAUCCUUGCGGCUCAGUCGCUGCUUCAGAACAAUCCGAAGGAGAAGGUAUCAGCAAAAAUGCUCAACACAGGUGGUUCGUGCUCUCCACCAACUCAAUGCUUGACUGUGGCUUCGUGAUGUCAAAUUUUGCACCGCUGGUACUUCUGUGGAUCUUUGGGAAUGACCACCUCCGCGCCGUAUGGCGAUUAUCACUUGGCCUUGGCGUCGUCCCUGCGUUGGUUGUGUUUAUUUGGCGACUGAAGAUGGACGAACCUCUGCAUUACAAGCUGAACUCCAUGACUCGUUCCAAGGUCCCAUAUUGGCUGAUCAUCAAGCGGUAUUGGGUCCCUCUCUCGGGUAUAUCCCUCUCCUGGUUCCUCUACGAUUUUAUCGUCUACCCAUUCAAGCUCUACGCUUCAACAGUCGUUGACAACAUCACUCACAAUGACGACUCGCUCAUUGCCGUCCUUGGCUGGAAUGUUGUCAUCAGCUUAUUCUACGUGCCUGGUACCGUCAUCGGUGCGUUUAUUGUUGACUACGUAGGUCCCAAGUAUACCAUGAUCUCCGGCCUCCUUGCUCAGGCUGUCAUCGGAUUCAUCAUGAGCGGCCUCUACACCCACUUGACCAACCAUAUCGCCGCAUUCACUGUCGUAUACGGAAUAUUCCUUAGUCUCGGCGAACUGGGUCCAGGCAAUUGUGUUGCUUUGUUCGCAGCCAAGACUGGACCUACUGCCGUCCGUGGUCAGUUCUAUGGUCUUGCUGCUGCAAUCGGAAAAGUUGGUGCGUUUGUAGGUACUUGGGCCUUUCCGCCUAUGAUUGAAGCAUUCGGUGGACCGACGACCGCCAGGGGUAACACAGGGCCAUUCUGGGUUGCAAGUGGCCUUGCGGUCCUGAAUGCAAUCGUGGUGUUCUCUACCGUCAAACCGCUUGAUCAUGAUGGCAUGCUCAAAGAGGACGCAGCUUUCCGCCAAUACUUGGAGCAAAAUGGCUAUGAUACCUCUCAGAUGGGCAUCCUCAGUGACAGUGAUACAGAGUCUGUAGAAAGCGCGGCAGCAGUUAUUAGAGAGGAAGUCCUGGACGAGAAGGAGUGAGGGAACGUCUAGAUCUCGCUUUUCUCUACGUUUCCGUUUAGAUUGCCGCCUCGUCACGAACCUGAAGCCUGAUAAUCGACCACCUACACGAUUUAAUUGCUUUUCUUUGGUUUCGGAGUUUGCUGCAACAAGUUGAUGGCCUCCAUAUUAACGGACCGGAUGAUGCUCAGCACAAGCUAGUUGUGUGAAGUGCUUCUGUUUAGUAUCCUUCGUACGCGUCGAAACGCUGCAAUAUAUAUCAUGUAUUUUGUC